AUGAAUACUAGUCUCAAUGCCCAACACUUAAUUCCUAGCCAGACCGUCCCCAUUCCUUCAGAAGAAAAAACCACCACCAUUAGCUCCGCCACCGUUAGUGACACCACCUCUACUAGUACUAGCAGUAACUGCAAUAAAAAAAGCAAAGGCAAAGGUGGACCCGACAACAACAAAUUCAGGUACAGAGGCGUAAGACAACGCAGCUGGGGCAAGUGGGUGGCCGAGAUCCGAGAGCCACGUAAGCGUACCCGCCGUUGGCUCGGCACCUUCGCCACUGCUGAAGACGCUGCUCGAGCCUAUGACCGAGCCGCUAUUAUACUCUACGGCUCAAGGGCUCAACUCAACCUUCAACCUUCCACUGGUAACAACUCAUCAUCUUCUUCACAGACCAAAAAAUUGAGCUCCUCGUCUUCCACACAAACUCUUCGUCCGUUACUUCCUAGGCCUUCUGGCUUCGGCUUUACGUCUUUCUCUUCUCCUAAUACAGCACCUCCUGUUUCCAACAGUGUGGGUGCAGGUUGUGGUUAUGUACCUUACGGGUUUUUUCCUGCUGUACAAUAUUCACAGCAGUUGGUUCAGCCGCACCACCACCAACAACAACAGUAUGCAAUUUGUGAUGGAUAUGGUCCCGAGGCUGAUAAUCUCGCACAUGAAGCUGGAACACCAUGCUCUUAUUCAAGCCCUAACCCUAACCCUAGUCAUAAUCAAGAGAAGCCGCCAAAACAAGAAGAUCAAUCAUCUCAUCAUGAAUAUCAAAGUCAGCAGCAGAAUUGUUUGUAUGACGAAACAGUAAACCCUUUUGUGGGGUCGUCUAUGUCUUUUUGUUCCACUCAAACGAUGGCUGCACCGGUUGUUUCAGAUCCGGUGGCGGUGAUGGGAGGGCCGGGAUCUCCGGUUUUUUGGCCUGACGAUAGCAAUUACCCCGCGGUUAAUUUUUGGGAUUACAGCUACGAUUCCUUCAUGUUUGAUUUUUAG